AUGGCCAGUGGCUACGCAUGUCAACGUUGUUCCAAAUUACCUCCUCCACCUCCAAUGUUUACUAUCGGUCCUCCACCAAAUAUAUUAUCAAUUGAAGUUCGGUGUUCAUCACAUUUAUUAUCACCCUCAUUAAUUGAAAAUAAGAAAAGCACUUCAUCAUCGUCUAUAUCGAUCGCUUUGGGAAUCAUAAUAGCUUUUCUUAUCACGUUUAGUACUAUUGUUCUAAUCAAAAAACGACUUAUCAAACGACGACGACAACAUCAGCAUAAAAUAAAAUUUGAUAAUGCAAUGAAGGUCACUUCUUCAUCCGUCAAAUUUAAUAGACAUCAUCAAUAUAAUAAUAGUGAUAGCCACCACCAACACCUUCAUCAUCAUCAUCUUCAUCCAAAUCGAACAAAAUUCAUUCCACUAUUAAGUGAUAGCUGCAGUAGUGAUCAAACAUCUAGUACACCACCUAAUGAAUAUCGAUUUAUAAACGGUGUUAUUGAACCUCUUUUAACGUGUGAUGCUCCUCAUGAAUAUGAACAAAUCAAAUGUGAUGAUUCGCUAUCUGAAUCAUUACAUUACUAUUGUCUUAUCUAUUGUCGUCAAUGUUCAAAUUAUCAUCCAACAUCAUCAUCUUCAUCAAGUUCAUCAUCAUUAUGUCCUCGAUCGAAUCUAACUCGACCGUAUUAUUUACCUUUAUCUACAAAUCCAACGUGUCAACAUCAAUGUUCAUGUUAUCAUCGAACAUAUUAUCAACGAAAUGAUAAUCGGUUUUUUGAACAUCAACCAAUGUUAAUGACAAAAGCCGAUAAUAAUAGUGAAGAUUCAAAUAAUCACAUGAAAUUUAUUGAAGAAACAUCACCGAUUUAA